AUGUUCUCCAAGAUCUUCCUCCUCUCGGCGGCUGCAUUCAGCGCAACAGCCACCGCCGCAACGACAUACACAGCAUCUUUCACAGAGUACGGCUCGACGGACACCUGGGGCUCAGGAAACUGCAACGUCGCCACCACAGCAUGCGGCUUCUACACCUCACCAGGCUACUCAGCGGCCGUCUCGCAGAACGAAUUCGGCGUCGGCCCAGGCGCAGGAGCCGGCCCCGGCUGCGGCACAUGCUGGAAGUUAACCGCAGAGACCGACAGCAGCGGCAACAACCUGUCGAACGCCGGGACGAGCAUCGUAGUGCAAGUGACGAAUCUUUGCCCUGCUGACGGAAACCCUCUCUGCGCGCAAAACGGUCUUUCGGGCACCAACCAGUAUGGAGCGAACCUCAACUUCGACCUUUGCAUUGAUAGCGGUGCUUCUUCGGCGCUGUUUGGGAGCAGUGGUGUUGGGCUUGCGGUUGGGAGUGCGGUGGAGGUUGAUUGCGAGCAGUGGAGUGGGACGGUUGUGAAUUAG